AUGUUUUCGAGGGAUGUUUCACUAUCAGAGGUUGCGUACCAGAUUUCGAUUUCCUUGAUUAUGAUACAAGCUACUAUCAAAGGAAUACUACUCAUACCGAAAAAAAAGAAUAUCGCUGAACUUAUUGAGAAACUGGGAGCAACUUGGACUAAAGGCAAUUUAAACGAACGACAAAUCCGCAGUAAGAAAUUUAUAUUCAAACGAAUGGAUGUUUGUCUUAAAAUAUACUAUUGGGGUAGUAUGCUGGCGUGCUGGAAUAUUGAGCUUGCGCCAGGCCUGGUGACAAUAGUCAAACUUGCCAUGGCGCAAGAUACAAUCCUGCUAUUGCCUUUUGGAGUGGCUUUUCCUUUCGAUCCACGAAAAGAUUGGAUCACGUAUAUUUUGGUUUAUGUUUAUGAGAUGUACUCAGCUUUUCGCUUUACAUAUGUCUAUAUUGGGAUUGAAAUCCUGAUGGUCACUCUAUGUGCACUACUUAGUGCUGAAUUUUCAAUACUCAGAGAUGAUUUUAGACACAUUGAACCCGAAUCAGAAGAAUCAGAUAAUACUGCACUAAAAAAUCUUGUUCAAAAACAUCAACAGCUCUUGAUGUACACGCAAUUGCUCGAUGAAAUUUUCAAUAAAAUUUUAUUUUUCGAUUUACUAUUUGUAACUGGUAUAAUGUGUCUCUUCGGAUUUGGUGCUACCGUGGCAGGGGGUGUUGUGGAGCUUGUUAACGAUUUCUUCUCCGUCAUUGCCUUAUUACUCCCCGUAUUCAUAUUUUGCUAUUACAGUGAACAAGUGAAAGAAGAGUGCGUUGGUAUUGCCGAAGCGGCCUAUGAUAACAAAUGGUACCAAGGCAGCGAAAGCUAUAAAAGGAUUAUUCAUUUCGUCAUUACAAGGGCUCAAAAACCUUGUUGCUUAACAUCGAUGGGAUAUGCUCCGAUAACACUAAACACGUUCUCGCGGGUAGUGAGUACAACGUGGUCUUAUUUUUCUUUAAUAAGAACCGUUUUCAGUGAAGAUUGA